AUGGGCGUGUGUUGGGUGCUCAUCGAUGGGGUCGGCGACAUCGGAAGGGGAGGAGGAUCAGGAGCAGGAGGAGAAGGAGGAGAGGAGGAAGAGGAGAGUGUGAAGAGGAGCCUGCUGGACAUCGCUCAGAUGGACGCCUGCUGCUCGGUAGCAUCCUCGGGUAUCUCUGGGCUGAUGGAUCCGGUGCAAGCAGGUCUGGCAUGCGGAAGUGACACAGCCCACCUCUCCAUGUUCGGCUACGACCCAAGAAAGUACUACAGGGGUCGGGGAGCAUUCGAGACUAUGGGUGCAGGGCUAGAUAUGCAGCCAGGCGACAUUGCCUUCAAGUGCAACUUCGCCUACCUGGGCAAGGACGGGAUCGUCGAGUCUCGGCGUGCAGACAGAAACUUCGAGAAUGUUGGACCCAUCCUAUGUGACUUUCUCAACGGGAUCGCCAUUCCCUCCUUCCCACAGCACUCCGUGGCUGUCAAGUACGCGACCGAGCACAGAUGCGGGCUGCGGGUGAGGGGCCCGAGCCUAUCGGACAACAUCACUGGGACCGACCCGCUGAAGGACAAGCUCCCCCUCCGACGCUCCUGCCCGCUAGACUCCUCCGAGGAGGCAGAGCUCACAGCGAAGCUCGUCAACUCGCUCUCCCAGGCGAUCACCGAAGCUCUACAGGACCACCAGAUUAACAAGGAUCGGGUGGAGCAAGGCAAGCUGCCGGCCAACGCCGUCCUCCUACGCGGCUGUGGGGCUCGCGUGAAGGUGCCAACGUUCGAGGAGAAGCACGGGAUGAGAAGCUUCAUGAUUGCUCCCACCUGCCUCAUCCGCGGGCUCGGCAUGUCGCUAGAGAUGGACAUCGUUGAUGCUCCCGGAGCCACGGGAGAUUAUCAUACCGACCUGCAGUCGAAGGCCAGGACAGCUCUCGCAACCUUCAAAAAGAAAACUCCUGAGUAUGAGCUUGGUUUUGUUCACGUCAAGGCAGUUGAUGAUGCUGGUCAUGAUAAGAGUGCGGAAUUGAAGCUCAAGUUUUUGAAGAAGGUUGACAACAUGAUUGGUGAGCUAGCAAAGGGACUGGCGGAGAUAGAGCAAGAGACAGGGAAGCCUUUCGUCAUCUGCGUGACGGGGGAUCACUCUACCCCUGUCGCAUACGGGGACCAUAGCGCUGAGCCCGUUCCCUUCUCCAUCGCUCCCGUCAAGGUCUCGCAUGCUGUACUCCUCCUCUCACACUACCACCACUGCUUUUUGUCGGACUCUGUGAUGCGAUUCGAUGAAGUCAGCUGCGCGCAAGGCUGGCUGGGGAGGUUUCAAGGCCUGCAGGUCAUGGGGAUCAUCCAGCGUUUCCGACAGUCGCUCGAGCGAGUGAGAAGAGGAGGGGAAGAGGUCAAGAGGAAGAAGACGGCAGAGCCUCGUUGA